AGCCGGGACUGGUGCCUGCCUCGUGGACAAAGCCAGGCGGAAUUGGUGCCCGUACUGCCGCCUGAAGAGGUGCUUCGCCGUUGGUAUGAACACGGCAGCCGUUCAGGAGGAAAGAGGGCCGCGCGCUCGAAACAACGUCGCAUCCGUCGCUCGCCGUUCUUCUUCUUCCUCCUCCUCCUCUUCCUCCUCUUCUUCUUCUUCUUCUCUUUCGUCUUCUCUCUCUGUGCAAGCAGGAAUCGCAGCACUGAAAGAAACAACGAUCGUAACUACGGUGCGACACCAGGCGAGCAACGUUCACGUCGACGUCGGAUCCUUGCCGAGGAUGCUCGCAGGAGAGGAGACGAUGCGAUACGAGGUCGCGGCUCGAAUAUUCUUCGCAGCGGUGCGAGCCGCUCGCCAUCACCGAGAAUUUUCCACGCUCGAUCAUCGCCAGCAGAACGAGAUCCUCCGAAGGGGAUGGGCCGCGGCCUUCGUUCUGCGAGCUGCCAUCUGGCCGGUCGAUCUGACCGAUUUUCGCAAGCCGGGAAUCGUCGACGACCGAGCCGACGACGGCCAACGUCGGGCUCUGGCCGCGGCCAGGGCCGCCAUCUCCAGCUUGCGCCCCGAUCGAGUAGAGUUCUCGGUUCUGGAAACCUUGGUCCUCUGCCGACCCGAGAUCGCCGAGACGAGCAGCGCCGUUCGUUUGACGUCGCGAGCUGCGGACACCGCGGUGGAGACUCUGGCUCGGCACGUCGCCGACAGGACCGAGUCCUCCUCCUCGGUCAGGAUGGCCAAACUCAUGCUCGUUCUUCCGGUGCUGACGGCGUCCUGCCCUCGGCAACUGGCCAAUCAUCUUUUCGCUCCCGUCAUACGCGACGUCGACAUCGAGAGAGUGAUCGCGUCCGUACGCUAAAUCGAUUCCCCCCCUCCCCCCCCCACCUUUUUGCUUUCCCUUUCUUUCAAUCGUCACUGUCAAUCAAACAACACACGACGAGAUUCGUCGCGGGAAAUCGGACUGGAUCUGGAUGGAAUUCAAGACUGGAAUCGUCGUGCAAUUGUUUGUUUUCUUUGGCACUUUAUUGACACAAACGUAACGCGUGCGCGUCAACGUGUUGCGUAACGUGUACAAUCGCUUAUAAUAAUAUGGCGCAUCGAAGAAAACGGACGAGAAGCCGGAGGGGAAGGUUGUUUUUCCGCUGUGCAAAAGCGAAACGAACAAGCUCCCGCUUCUCGUUUCGUUCAUUCACUUUGAGCAGCGUUUGACGAAUUCGCCGUUCCCGUUCCGCGACAGGCGGGAAAAAAAACUGAGAAAGUUAUAAUCUAGAAACACGGUUAAAAAAAAAUAAACUAGAUGUUAGCACGUAGUUACGCUAUAAAUUGCAGAGGAAACCCCACGCGCGCACGAUCGUUAGUAAUAAAUUAGAAUGCUCGCACAUUUUGUGCACAACGCGUACUUUAAGAGAAAAAAGAGAGAGAGAAAGAGAGAGUUACGGCUGCGUUACACGAUAAUAAAUUUUAAAGUUAUUCGCAACAUUUCCCCCGGAACAGCUCUUUUAAACUCGUCGUUUGCGGGUCGACGUGCGUCGGUCCGAUGCUUGACAUGACACCACCUCGCUGUACGUGACAGAAUAUCGACUGCUGCAGUACGUGACUGUGCGACUUUUCAAACAAGUAGACACAUUCAAAUUCGGACUGGUGUACAACCGUGGUUGAUCGAGCGAGCCUUUCUUAUCGUCAUUGUUAUUCUCAUCGACGCAGUGUCCAAGCGACCAUUUCCAUCGCACGUUCGAAA